AUGUCACUGGACGUGUUAUUUGAGGUUUGUCUUACUUGUGGAUGUACCGUGGAAAUUUCUCUACUAGAAGUUCACACUGCAACAUGUGUGAAAGCAGUGGAACGUUCUACUUCAACUUCUGCUCGGAGACCAAAGCUUGCUGUUGACAUUGAUUUACUGAAAGGGUACUUAGACCAGAGAGUCCCUGUUGCAAAGAUUGCUGAAUUGCUGAAGAUCAGCAGAAGAACUUUGUUCCGAGUUUUAAAGGAGACACAUCUUACAGCUAGACCGAAUUACACAAAGAUUGGCGCUACAAUAUCUGAUGAACAACUAGACACAUACCUCACAAAUAUGUUACGAUGCAACCCAAAGUUUGGUUUGCAGAUGUUCAAAGGCUGCACCAUUUCAAAAAAUGUUGUUCUCAAGCAAAAUCAACUGCGCGCAAGUUAUGGGAGAGUCAGGCAAAUGGAAAAUGCACCUAUGAUUCAACGGAUAAAGCGUCGGGUUUACAAAGUAAGAGCUCCACUGUCAUUGUGGCAUAUUGACGGCCACCACAAAAUGGAUCGCUAUGGGUUCAUUAUACACGGAGCCAUCGAUGGUUAUUCGCGCUUAAUCGCCUAUAUUUCCUUGGAAAAUAACAAUUUUUCUGAAACUGUGAUCGGCUUAUUCGAGAAAGCAGUCAACGAGUGGGGCUGUCCCGCAAGCGUAAGGUCCGAUCAUGGCGGUGAAAACGUUCUAGUUGCUGAUUUUAUGAUGAUGCAAGAGGGGCAGAUGGAAACAGAUGACAUUCUUAACGUAGACUCGGAUGUAGACCUUUUUUGCCUCCACAUAGUUGGCUAUGAUUUGAUUCAACGCUCGUUACAGACUUUUCGGGAAGCAUGGAACUGCCAUCCUAUUCGAACCGAAAAGUACCAGUCUCCUAUGGAGCUAUAUAUUAAAGGAUUAGAGAUGUUGAAGGAGGAACACGAAGCCGGAGUUCUUGAUGAUGAACCAAUGGAACUCAUUCAGGGGAAAAAACUGAAGCCGCUUUCUGAAUGGUCCGGUUACGCUGAUGCAUUUCAUAGAUGUGUGGUUGACAAGUUCCCAAUCAAUAUUUCGAAAGACCAAGUUUCCUGCUUGGAAGCCGUUAUUAAUCCGAAAUCAGUUGAAAUUUGGAAUCUUCGAAACAAGUUUAUUCAACUUAAGGCAUGUGUCUUUGCGUUCGUGGGUCGACCCAUUGUGAUGAGCGAAAUGCUGGGUUUUGACAACGGAAACCUUAUGAUAUUUUAUGAUAUUAUGCGUGAAUGUGAACCUGUGGCUUUAUACUUACGUUUUAUAUGGAUCAGGCAGGUUAAAGUUAAAGCUGUACAAUACGUAAAGUUAGUGUUAUUCGAAUGUUCUGGACAUUUACAUGGAACGAAUGGAGACUACCAAGACUAA